UCAAGCAUGCGACCAAACACAGAAAUAUUUCAAACGAUUAGUAGUUAUUUUGUAAUCCAUAUCACGUGUAAACUGGUAGAAUGUUGAGCAAAUUUUCCCGAUCAAAUUGGAAUGAAAUUGGUAUUGAGAUGUGCGGAAUGAAGAAAUGAGUCAAAAUUAUUUGAAAGUAUGUUUUAACAAGCAGCUAAAAAGGGGAACAUUGGAAAGUUAUAUUGUGCGUGUUUAUAAGAAGUUGAAAUGUCGAAAACAGUGAGAGUUCUAACACCAAGACAGAGUAAGACGCCGCCAUCAAAAUCCCCCCACCCAGUGAAACACGGGUCACGGGCUGGCCUUCCUCCAGCGCCUCAAUUGAUGACGGUACGGUAUGUCAUUGACGUGGAUGUCAUCAAAUGCCCAACAUGUUUAGAUGUGUUUAAAUCUCCACGCGUCCUUCCGUGUGGCCACUCUUUUUGCCUGGAAUGCCUGGAGUCGUCAGUACUCUACACGGAAUCGUCAAAGUCAAAGGACUACUUCCAGUGCCCAGUGUGUCGCAAGAAUGUUAAACCCUAUGAUCAAAAAGCACUGCGACAAAAGUGGGCAUAUCAGUUCCCUUUAAACGUAACCGUCAUGCGAUUUCUCCGGAAUGCUUCAACAAAAAAUCCAACCGAUAACGGUCUACAUAAAGCUUUCUGUGAGAUCUGCCUUGUGAACAACAGAACGAAGACCAGCUAUUCGUAUUGUAACGUUUGCCUGCAGCAUUUGUGUGAAAUGUGCCAUAAGUAUCAUGUUAUGCAAGAUGACACGAAAGAUCACGACCUUACCUUUUAUGGUUCAAAGGACGAUCAGGUCGAAAAAUGUGACGCCGUCCCAAAAAGUGACUGGUCAAAGAAAUCGAACAGUGAGCGUGACCAAAAAAGUGCCGCGAAUGACAAGGACAAGCGCCUAAAAACAGAGCCCAGAGACAAACUCUUGCCCAUUGGCACGGUCGUCGUUGCACAGACAGUAACCGCUGCGGAUUCGGUAGAGCAGAAAAUUGUUUCAAAGCUUGGAGGAUUCAACGGAAAGUCUCCAGCCGACUCUGGAAACGCUGACUUCCGAGCAGUAGCCUUUUUGUCAAAUACAAAACUGGCACUAGCUGACCUUGGAAACAAGAAGCUUAAAGUUUUUGAUGUUUCCCACAAAACCCGUGUUGAACUGAUCGGCGAAUUGGCGCUUCGUGCAAAUCCAUAUCACAUGUGUCGAGUCGAUGAAAAUACCGUAGCGAUUGCGACGGAACGUUCGAACAACUAUCACAUACGACUCUUUACUGUUCGAGACAAAAUAUGUCAUUUUGUUCAUCGCUCCGUUGAGGGAAUUCCGCUUGGCAUAGGCUUUCUCCAGAACACGCUUGUUUGUUCAUUUCUAGAAAAUGCUGCGCUGCAGAAGUUUCGACUAACGCGAGCACAACAGACAAAAGCAGGAAUGAUCAAGAGCGAUCGGUCGGGAAAUGAUAUUUUCCGACAUCCUGGGAGUAUAUGCGCUGGUGUUUGGCGUGGCAUUCCGGUGUUAUAUGUUGCGGAUGAAACCGAGUUUGGCGUGACAGUGACUGCCGUAGACAUUCGAGGGGACAAAAAGACUUCAGUCUUUUUCGAAAUGCCAGUUCCCUUGGCUCGACUCGCUAUGAAGUCUGCAAACGGGGUUGCCAAAAUGUCACGCGGUAAAAACAGAUCAAUAAAAGCAACUAAGAAAGAGAACACAUCUCCGAAUGAUACCAUCUCACCUAAAUGUUCUCGACCUUCUUCUCGCCAACCUGCUGGGCAACUAAAAGAGAAAUCCUCAACUGUACAAGUAAGCGGAAGGCAUACUUUCCGACGAAUAGAUGACUUCGGAAGCACACCUCCUGAAAAGAAAAUUGGACGAGAAAUUGAACGAACGCCAAUUCCAUAUGCCUGUAAGAAUGAACUUGUACUCGAUUUGAACAGGUUACGGGACGCCGACAAUGAAGAAGAAAUGAACACAACUAUCGCUAAAAGUGACUGUCGAAAAACUGGUCGUGGAAACUUAAAGGCUGUUGAGCGGGCGUCAAGAAGUCGCCCUGUCGGCAAGGUUUUGCCCCAACCUUCGAGUGGAACGAAUACAGAAAAAGGAUCACAUUCCGAGUCCACAGCCAAUCCUAACUCGACACUGACAUCUACAUCCGGAACCGCCGGAUAUACGCUCCCCCAAAAAUUCAUUUUCAACGCCGAUAGCAUUGACGUUGAUAUUUAUGGAAAUGUUUACGUUUGUAUGAGCAAAACCAACACAGUACACCAGAUGUCACCAGAUGGAAAAAUAAAGAGAGAAAUAUUGACGGAAAAGGACGGCAUUUUAUCCCCUAAAGUUGCGUGCUUUUCUCCAAAGAGUGAUUUCUUCGUUGUAACAUGUAUGAAGUCAAACAGGGUUUUGAUGUAUAGACUCAAGCAUUGAAGAUUAUCCAACCUCAUCAUAAAAUAAUGUGAUUAAUCAAACAUUAGAAAACUGAAGGAUUUACUAGUUUCAGUGUAGAAAAAAACACUAUUCGUCUAUUGUUUGUUUCCCACUUUUCAUUUUCUUGUGCAGACAUAUGUCGAUAUGAUACCACUUUGCUGGCUUUUCUUAUCCUAGUAUUUAGUUCGUAUUCAUAUGUAAUACCUGUAAAAUAUAACAGAGGUCGCGAACCACGACGUGUUCGUGACCUCGUACGUGUAGCUACAGAUAUAGGUAAAGGUUGAGAUCUCUUUCCUCGUGCUAUCGAGUAUGUAGUUUUACUUGUUGACCAUGUGCACAUGCGUGUAUGUCGUAUUGUACAGAAAGUACACACGCACCAGCACUCGUGCACGUACAGCGUACCAGCACCCGUGCACGUACACGUACCAGCACCCGUGCACGCACACGCACCAACACCCGUGCACGCACACGUACCAGCACACGUACCAGCACUCGUGCACGCACACAACCAGGACCCGUGCACGGACACGUACCAGCACCCUUGCACGCACACGUACCAGCACCCGUGCACGCACACUACCAGGACCCGUGCACGGACACGUACCAGCACCCUUGCACGCGCACGUAACAACACCCGUGCACGCACACGUACCAGCACCCGCGCACGCACACGUACCAGCACCCGUGAACGCACACUCCAGGACCCGUGCACGGACACGUACCAGGACCCGUGCACGGACACGUACCAACACCCGUGCUCGCACAAGCACCAGCACCCGUGCACGCACACGUACCAGCACCCGUGAACGCACACUACCAGGACCCGUGCACGGACACGUACCAGCACCCUUGCAUGCACACGUACCAGCACCCGUACACACACACGUACCAGCACCCGCGCACGUACAGCGUUUCGCAACCUUUCUAAUAAGGUGUGUUUCUACGGUAACAAUGAAGAAGUUUUCUAUUCUCUGUCUAUCGUUUGGAAUCACAAAUCACACACACUUACAUACACUGUAUGUUGUUUUCACCGUUAAUUUGAAAUGUCCUUAUUUCAAAUAACACAGUAUCUAAAUUAUAUUUGCUAAUUACAAUUGGUUGUAUUUUAUAUGUUAGAACUUGUUAUGUGUAUACUUUUAUUUAAUAAAAAGGAAAUAGUAAAGCAGGAUUAAAAUAGUAUGUUCGCAGAAAUUGCUAUCUUAGGUAUCUUCCGUCAUUACACUAGCAAUCGGGUCACUGACGUUUAGUACUGUAACAAAAAAAUCGAACAUGUUCUGUCGAUCCGUUCUGAUACCAGCUCCUUUUCUAGAUGGAGA